ACUUCUGCCUUUGUGCCUGACAAGCAGCUUCACACCUAUGUAGCUCGGAGCUACUAACCACUGAUGCAAGCCAUUAUUAGCUUACGCGAGUUGCACUUGUCAGUGGUAUUGCUAGUCUGCACAACCGUGGACCUGGUCUUGUCUUGGUGAAGCUAGCGGCAGGAGCUGUCACGAAGGUCGAGCUUGUACACAUGUCAUGGCAGAUAAGAUAUAGCAAGAUCAAUGGAUACCUAAACACAUGGCAAAGUUGGUCUGCCAACGAGAAUGAUUCGACGUUUCUGGCGAAGCUCUUGGUUGCGGCUUUCGCCUUCGAUGCUUUCAUGAUGGUUCCGUUUGCAGCCUGUCUCAGGUGGAGAUAAGCAAACGCCGUCACCAUCUCCAACUUUUCGCAUUGCGCUCCGUCAAACUUUCCUACAGUCAACACAACAUGAGGAUCCGAUUACAAGUGCAGAGGAAUCGCUUGCCACCGAUAAAGGUGCUAUGGAAAGUUGAUAGCUCCAGCACCACGGCCGAGCUGGUCACCAAGAUUAGCGGCUACUUUCCUCUGGAAGCCGAAGGUUGGGGUCUGGAGGAUUACACCGUCCACCUUGGUGGCUACGAACUGCUACACUUUCAAAAAUUGGGAGAAGUCUUGAGGGAGGAUGACGAGCUUGUCAUCCAGCCACUGCAGACCAAGGACAUCAAGGCCAGAAGGCUGGCAGGCAGAGCGCAAAUCUCAAGAGAAGGCAGACAUCUUGUUGAUGGCGUCGUUUUCGGAAGCCACAACUCGCAUGCUCGAAAGCACCCUCCUAUCAGGAUUCCUCCUCGCAAGCCUGCCAGCUCAGACAUGACAUUGGAAGAAUCAGAUGCCCUUCUACUACUAGCCAACUUUGGCCCACCUCCUUCCGUUUCCGAAGCCAUCAUCGAUGCCGAAGCGCCCUUCGACUAUGGAGCCUCCUCUGCCCAUCUCAAUCCUCGCGAAGUCUCCUUUGCCCACAAACAGAGCAAGACACAGAAGCGUGUCAAGUUUGGUGAUGAAGAAUUCAUGGCUCCCGAAUACCGUAACAACGGUGCAAAGGUCAUAGGCGACUACGGCUUGGACACCGACAAAAACAGAAACGACGAUGACGAUGACGAUGACGACGACGACAAUGUCGACAACUAUUUCGGCGCUCUCGGCGACGACGAAGAAGACGAGGACGAAGACGACGACUUUGAACCAUCUUCUGGCGAUGAUUCUGAUGCUGGAGAAGACAACAACAUGAAGCUGCUCGAGAACGUUGAUGAAGCGUCAGCAAAAAGCACCUCGGACGAAUCUUCAAGCGACAGCGAUAGUGAGAGCGACACCUCCCGUAACGAUGACGGAUCCAACGACAGUGGCAGCGAUAGCGACGCUCCCUCUGAAGAGCCCAUCAAGAAGAACAAAGACAAUUCUGCUCAACCACCUCCUGCACCUGUCACUCGAUCAAAGUCCGCCGCCGCUCCAAUCACAACGCAAGCUCCCCCUAGUGACGGCAAGCAGCGGACUCGUGCUAGAAACCGGCGUCGCCGCGAUGCAAAGAAGCUCGCUUGGCUCAAGUCAAAGGGUCAUCUAGCUGCGACUGCGAACCGCCAGGAUCUCAAGAAGUGGAGAGAGGCCAACGAGGCAGGCCGUGUCUCGGCUUCAGACUCUGAUUCUGAUGAUGAAGACUCCUCUAGUUCGGAAUCUGACUCCAGCUCCGACUCAAGCUCCGACUCUGAAUCUGACGCUGAAAUCGAGACUAAGCAAACAGAACAAGUUGUCCCACCUGUCCCUGCAGUGAAGAAGCCGAUGCCUAUGGUGCCAAGACAACUCAAGGUCAAGCCAAAGGGCAAGAAGCCACUCACGGACACCAAAUCUGAAGAGUUCAAUCAGAAAAGAGAAGCCCUUCUGGCCUCAUUACAGUCUGGCGGUGUUGACAUCAAUCACGAUCUCUCCGCUAUAUCCAGCCCCUCAGAGGACGUCAUCAUGGAUACCGCCGGACCCAGCACAGUCUCUACGCAGCCAGAAGUUCGUAGAGCUAGGCUCGAUCUCGCAAGCUCCAAUCGUCUACUGUUCAAUUCACUUGGUGUCCGCGCUCCUAAGAAUGACGCUGACAGACAACGCCUCCAAGCAAAGCUUGCCGCACCUACGCGCAAACCAGUCACAAAGUCAACCACUGCUACUACCCCUAUGCGGGAACCUUCAGUCGAAGCAGAGGAGGUCGGACCUACAGAUGUCAACGCUUGGAAGUCCAAAAUCUCCCUCUCCGCCGUGGAGUGCGCACCAGGACAAGAGGAAUACUACUACUCGACUCCACCUUUCCCAUUCUACCAGCGCUGGGAUCCCAGUCAGCGUACCAAGAAGCGCAAGCGUGGCUCUCAACCCUUCGACUCCUCCAAACUACAACGUACCGAAGAAGAGCUUGACAAUAGCUACAGCGAAUACUACAACGAAGGUGCAGACGACGACGCUCUCAACUACGGCGAUGAUGAAGACGAAACGGCUGGCGCACAAGAAUCCGACCAGGAAGCCGCCACUGCACAGCUAUUGGCAGAGUCAUCAGACGCCGCCGACUUACCAGCUCUCCCAUCAGAUCUCUCCACCUUGCCUCCUCUGACCAACGAGAAUACUGUGCCAGGCGCAAUCAUCGCCUUUGCACGCUUCGAAGUCUCGGCCGCCACAAACUGGGCACCUGCCAUGUCUCCUGUCCGCACCGCCUCCAUCCAACACGUCUCCGACAACAAAAGCCUGGGUCUGCAAUUGGCAAAACGUGAUAUCCCCGGCAAGCAGUAUGACAGCCAAGGUCGCAGAUUGUUUGAUAAGUUCGAGAUGAUCACUGGUGACGAAGAUGAGGACGAUGAGGACGACGGUUUCUUGGAGAUUGAUGUAGCAGAGAUGAUAGAUCCUAGAUUGGUUUUGGCUGCUGAGGUGCGUGGAGUGAGUGUCGUGAUGGAAGACAGUCCAUCAGCUGGAAGCAACCACCAUAGCACUGAGAUGAUUGGUGUUGCGUUGUGAGGAUCGGGCCCAUAGGUGCAGCAUGGUGAAGUAG